UACGCUUCUGGCCCAAGUUGCUACCCAUCCCUCUGCUCAGCCUACGUAGCCUCUCCUUGCGUCCUCUUCCAUCCGCAGUCGAGUCGGUGCAAGGCAGCAGAAGCCUCUGGGACGUCCCUGACAUCGAGGGUAGCGGACGCUGAGCUAGAGAAGCAGCUGCAGCCCUUGCCUGCUUGUUGUCCUUUUCCCUACUUCCUCCCCCCGUCUCUCUCUCAUCCGCCUCGACUGCCCACCAUGGACAUCACUCGUGCCAUCUCGUCGAGCAUCGCCGGCACCUCUUUCUCCUUCCUCUCUUCGGAUGAGAUCAGGGCAAUGUCGGUCAAGCAGAUCACAAACCCGAUCUUGCUUGACAAUACACAGACGCCCACUGCAGGCGGACUGUAUGACCCUAGUCUGGGACCCAUGAAGAAGGAUGACAUCUGUCAAACAUGUCAUCUCAAUCACUUCCAAUGUCCUGGUCACUUCGGUCACAUCGAGCUACCGCAACCCGUCUUUCAUCCGCUCUUUAUGACCCACAUGUACAAUCUGCUGCGAGGAACCUGCCUCUUCUGCCACCACUUCAAGAUCCCAGAGUUCCAGAUGACCCUAUUCAUCGCUCGUCUCCGGCUCCUCGACUAUGGUCUGGUCCAAGAAGCAGACGAGGUCAACUGCGAGACGCUUCAGGGUCAGUCGAACUUUGCUGAUCAAGAGAAUGCUAGCGCAAAUGGUUUCAACGGAAACGAGGAGGAUGGAGACGGGCAGAUCGAGGUGAAGGCAAAUCAGGGUCGAGCGCUGGAGACGAUUGAGCAAUUCAGGAAGAGAAUUGACGGUAUUGUGGGUUUGCACAUUCUGCAUGCCACUCGCCGGGGCAUCAAGAGGGGUCACGCCAAGGGUCAGGUUGCCUAUGCUGCGAGGAAGGCAGUCAUCGCAGAAUUCUUCAAGGCGAUCCUGCAGAGGAAAUGUCGUGUCUGCUCAGCUACGAACCCUGUGCUGAGGAAGGACGGGUUCAUCAAGAUCGUAGAGGGCGAUCUGAGCCCGCGAGAGCAGGCGACUCAUUCUGUGCUAGGCAUCGUGCGGCCAGACGUACUAGCUUCCAAGGCGGCUCAGGAAGAGGACAUGGACGUAGACGGUGAAGAUGCAUCUGCCGUGGCCACCAAGGAAGGCCUGAAAGAAGCUCGUAAGGAGAGCAAGGAAGCUGGUAGGAAGACGAGGGUCAUGCCUCCUAUCGAGUGUCGGGCCAACCUCCGUCGCGUAUUUGAGAGGGAGAGCGUAAUCUGCUCACUCAUCUUCGGCCGGAAGGGCGCCUUCGAGAAUGGUCGUAUUGGCGCCUCUGCCGCCGCCUCGACUUCUGGCGGUCUCUCUGUUGGCACUAGCGCCGACGUGUUCUUCAUGGACGUCGUCUCUAUUGCUCCAACCCGGUAUCGACCUGCCAGCGUCAUGGGCGACUCCACUUUCGAAAAUCCUCAGAACGAGCUCUUGACAAAGGUCCUGGUCUCUUCGCAGAAAGUCCGCGACAUCAAUGCCCUCUUGGCAGAAUUGUCAAGCAAGACUGCUGCUUUCGACCCGUCCACCAUCGACGAUCAAGCUGAGCUUGUCCGACUCACUAAGGAGCUAGUAGCCAAGCGAAGGAGCGGCUUUGAUCAAUUACUGGGUGCUAUGUUCCAGUUGCAAGUCGACGUCAAUUCGUUCAUCGAUUCCAGUAAGAACCCCACACCCGGUGCUCAGGGUCGCCUACCGCCCCCAGGUGUCAAGCAGGCUCUCGAGAAGAAGGAAGGUCUCUUCAGGAAGCAUAUGAUGGGCAAGCGUGUCAACUUUGCUGCCCGCUCCGUCAUUUCGCCAGAUGUCAACAUCGAGACGAACGAGAUCGGAGUGCCGCCCGUCUUCGCGAUGAGGCUCACCUUCCCAGAGCCCGUCACAGCAGAGAAUGUGCAUCUCAUGCGACAGCUGGUCAUCAAUGGACCUGACGUGCAUCCGGGUGCCGUCGCUGUGAGAGCCGAAGACGGUACAGAAACAUUGCUGGGCAAGCUCACUGUGGAACAGCGCACUGCUCUUGCAAAUCAGCUACUGACCCCGCAAGAAGGUCGGCAGGCAAAGGGCACUUUCGGCGGUCUUGGUGCCUCUACGCGCACACUCGUCGCCAACAAACAAGUGCUCCGUCAUCUUCGAGAUGGUGAUAUCCUGGUGAUGAACCGUCAGCCAACGUUGCACAAGCCUUCAAUGAUGGCACAUCGAGCCAAGGUCCUCCAAGGCGAACGCACAAUCCGAAUGCACUACGCCAACUGCAACUCGUACAAUGCUGACUUCGACGGAGACGAAAUGAACAUGCAUUUCCCGCAAUCGCAGGCCGCCCGUGCAGAGUGCUACAAUCUAGCAAAUACCGACAAUCAGUUCCUGGUGCCUACCAGCGGUAAGCCUCUGCGUGGUCUUAUUCAAGAUCACGUGGUUGCCGCUGUGUGGAUGACCUGCAAAGAGACGCUGCUGACUCGGUCAGAGUAUCAACAGCUUGUCUACGGAGCACUUAGGACUGAGGACGAUUACCUCGCUUCGGGCAACCGCAUCCUCACCGUACCUCCUGCUGUUCUCAAGCCGCAACCUAGGUGGACUGGUAAGCAGAUCAUCUCAACGAUUCUUCUGAACUUGAAGCCUCCGACUGCUGCUGGUCUUAAUAUGAAGGGCAAAGCGAAAGUGGCUGGCAGGUACUGGGGCAAAGCUCACACCGCCGAGCAGGAUGUGAUCAUCGACGAUGGUGAGAUGCUCACUGGAGUGUUGGACAAGAGUCAGAUCGGUGCUACCGCAUAUGGUGUCGUUCAUGCCGUCUACGAGCUGUAUGGCGCUGACUCUGCGGGCAAGCUGCUGAGUAUAUUGUCCAGGCUUCUGACGAAGUAUCUCCAGCACACCGCCUUCACAUGUCGUAUGGAUGAUCUCAUCCUUUCGCCUGAAGGCGACGAGUGGAGACGCAAGCUUCUCGCUGACGGCAAGUCGGGUGGAAAGACAGCUGCUCUGGUGAACGUGGGUCUGGGCGACAAGCCGGAGAACGACCCCGACACGGACCACAACUUGCGAAUCCGUCUGGAAGAAGUCCUACGGGACGACAACAAGCUCGCCGCCCUCGACUCGGCUAUGAUGUCGGCAUCCAACAAGCUGACAUCAUCUGUCAUUGACGCAUGCAUUCCCAAUGGUCUUCACAAGGUGUUCCCUCACAACAACAUGCAAAUGAUGACUGUGACGGGAGCAAAGGGAUCACCCGUCAACGUGUCACAGAUCUCCUGCUUACUCGGACCUCAAGCUCUGGAAGGUCGACGUGUGCCGGUCAUGAUCUCCGGAAAGACGUUGCCAAGCUUCAAGGCCUUCGAUACAACAAUGAGGUCAGGAGGUUUCGUUCAGGGCCGUUUCCUGACGGGUAUUCGUCCCCAGGAAUACUACUUCCAUUGCAUGGCUGGACGAGAAGGCUUGAUCGACACUGCUGUCAAGACUGCCUCUUCUGGGUACCUCCAACGUUGUUUGAUCAAGCAUCUGGAGGGAGCCAGGGUCCACUACGACUCAACUGUCCGCAAUUCGGACGGUUCGGUCCUGCAAUUCCAGUACGGUGAAGAUGGUCUCGAUGUCACGAAGAGCAAGUACCUGGAUCAAUUCGACUUCACUGCCUCGAACUUUACCACCUUUGUUAAUCGCUACAACCCUCGCCAGCUCAGCCAGGCUUUCAAAGACGAGGACACCGAGAAGGUCACGAAGCACAUCAAGAAAGCGAUUGCUAAACCUCACAAGUACCCUCCUGUCAUGAGCAUUUAUAACCCUGCGCGCUACUUCGGCUCAAUGUCGGAAAGCUACUCAAAGGACAUCGACGAGUUUAUCUCCAAGAAUGCUUCGGGACUGCUCAAGAGCAAGGCUUCCAAGAAGAAGAAGAGGAAACACGAAGCCGUAGAUGGUGAAGUAGGAGAUGAGGUCGCUCCCCCCAAGAUUGCUAGCGCUCGCAAGCCCCUCGACCAUGAGCGUUUCAAGGCGCUGCUCUCGGUAUUGUAUCUGCGAGGUCUCGCCGAGCCAGGAGAGGCCGUGGGUCUGCUGGCAGCUCAGGGUGUCGGAGAGCCUUCAACUCAGAUGACUCUCAACACCUUCCACUUUGCUGGACACGGUGCUGCCAACGUCACGCUUGGUAUUCCUCGUCUGCGAGAAAUUGUCAUGACGGCUUCUCAGAACAUUCGCACACCCAUCAUGCAUCUCCCGGCACUGCAACAGAUCACAGACGAUCAGAUGCGCCUGUUCUGCAAAGACGGAAGCAGAUUGCUGCUCAGUCAAGUCGUAGACAAUGCUGUGGUGACGGAGCGUAUCUCUGGCAAGACCAUCGAGACGGACUUCUCCCGAAAGAAGACGUAUACAGUCAGGUUGAACUUCUUCCCAAUGCAAGAGUGCAAGGAAGAGUACAACGUGACACUUGAUGGCAUCUUCGAUGCUAUCGAGGCCACAUUUGUUCCAAUUCUGGAGCGCGAGAUUGUCAGCGAGCUCAAGAGGUUGAGUCGUGACCGCGUCAGGCAGGCUCAGGCCAUUGGCAAGGGAGAGCAAUUCAAUGACACCAAUCAGGGUGACGAGGAAGCCGGCGGACAGACUGCUGGUACCAAAGGCAGAGGUAAAGCCAACGGCAAGGCUGCUGCCCAAGCCAAGGAGGGCCAGUCGAGGCCCGAAGGUCAGACGGCAGACGACUCUGACGAUGAAGACGGCGCCGACGACGACGAGGUGGGAGAUGGAGAUGCCGACGAUGCCAAGCGCAAGCAGAAGUCUGGUCACCACGCUUCUUACGAGGACGGCGACUCGGAUGAUGACUCUGCCCACGGUCCCGAUACUGCCGAGAGCCUCGAAGCUGCCUUUGCCAACGGCGAUGGAGACUCGUCGGACGACGAAGAUGGCACUUUGUCAAAGAAGCGCAGUGGCGUUGAAGGUCCGGAGCAGGGUCUAAUCCAGGACGACAUCGAAGACCGCGUCAACAACCUCGAGGCCAACCUGCAGUCCUUUUCCAAGUUCGUCACUUCCUUUGACUUUGACAAGAAGACUGGCCACUGGGCAGAGUUCCAGUUGCAGCUUGCCGGCAACGAGGACAAACUGCUCCUGAUGAACGUCGUCGAGCGAGCCUGUCGUUCCAGCGUCGUUCACGAGAUCCCCAACAUCUCGCGUAUCCUCAUCCCACCUCCAGCGCCAGGUCAAGACGCAUCUGAUCGAUCCUUCACUGCAGAGGGUAUCAAUUUUGGUGGAGUCUGGGACUUUGGCUACGGCGUCUUGGACUUCAACAAGCUCUACACCAACGACAUCGGCGCUCUUCUGCACACCUAUGGAGUGGAAGCGGCUCGCUCGGCCAUUGUGUCGGAGAUGUCGGGCAUCUUCGGAACCUAUGGUAUCGACGUCUCCAUGAGGCAUCUCUACCUCAUUGCCGAUUACCAGACGUCCGACGGUGGCUUCAAGCCCUUUUCGAGGGGAGGUAUUGCAAACUCGCCCAGUCCGCUCCUCAAGGCAUCCUUUGAGAUGACAAUGGCCUUCUUGGGUGCUGCUGCUUUGCACGGAGAAAGCGAUUCUCUCGAUGGACCUAGUGCGAAGCUCGUUGUCGGUCGACCUGUCCCCGUGGGCACUGGAACGAUGGAGGUCAGGCUACCUCUGCCACGGCAGCCUACCAUCUUGGGUUGAAGGGGAGAAAGGGCGGUAAAGAGAGGAGAGUUGAGGCGGAAGGCAGAUCGGGGAUCUUGGUCACAGUGUGAAAGUGUACAUUGACGCGACAUCAUUAAAGCAAUCAAAGCAGUGACGACUGUCACAAUCUUCAUCUUUUGUCU